AAGCUUUUUCAUCCAAAUACGCUUGAGCAAAUAUCUUAAAUAUCUUAAAUUCUGCAUAUAUUGACCCUGCUCUUCAUCUUCACCCAAUUGAAUCGGAUUGGCUCUUCAUCUUCACCCAAUUGAAUCGGUCAAUUCGAGAUUCAGUGGGACCUACCGAACCAUUUUUCCCUCACUUUCUCACAUUAUCGUUUGCAAGAACAAAAACUCUGGCAUUUGUCACUGCAUCCUACGUUGUCAGAUCACUGCCGCCUCCAUUUUUCUGAUACCUCAAGCAAUGAAUCUCACUAAGAGUCUGGUUUGUGAAACUGCUAAAUUAAUUUUCUUACUUUCCCUUUUAGUCGGAUGGGAAUCUGAACUCAAAGUUAUAUAUUUUAGAGUCAAAUAUGCACCUAAGGAUUAUGCUUCUGAAUCAGAGUGGAAAGGUAUGAAGUGUCAGUAUUUAACUGACACCAAGAAAGUUCAGCAUGAGCUUGCAAAACCUAAUACCUUGCUUACUGGGUGUAAGGACCAUCAUUGGUUUUCAUUGCAAAAUUAUAUUUUAAUGAGAUCUGUAUAUGUGAUUAAUGGAUGGCACCCCAACAUUCACAUAGACACAAGUACUCCCACAAAGAAAAGAACAAUAUUGGUGUGGCGGUCGCACUUUGGGCUCCAAUCUUCAUUAAAUUUCGUGAACACACAAUUUCUUUAAUAUUUGUGUUAUAAUCUCUUUUUAGUAGGUGACGUG